GAGUUAGACUAGUAUUUUACUGAAUCUCGUUCCAAGCUAACGUUCAUUGUUUCCAUUUUUUUUUAGUAAAAGUCGGGUUUAGCAAUUUCACCUUAGACAUAAAUAGAAAGUGCUACAUCAGCAAAAUAAAACUGCAUUAAAAAAAUGAACAACAAAAGGACACUAUUUAAAGAACUGCCAUUAGAGAUUGAAAAUGUUGACAAAGACGCAUAUGAAAAAUUUAAAGUUCCUAAUCUUAAACAAUUCCGAGGUAUUCUAGUGGGUCCUAAGAAAUAUUACUGCCAUCCGUGCUAUAAGUAUAUUGGACUGGAAUAUUACAACUUCCAAUCAAGAUCCGAUGACGUCUAUAUAUUAGGAGUAAUGAGAUCUGGUACAACUUUAGUGUCAGAACUGGCAUACUUAUUGGUUAAUGAUCUGAAUUUUCAAAAAGCUGCUGGUGAAGAUCUGCAUGAAAGAGUUCCAAACUUAGAAGCCUAUCUAGCGUCCAAAAUAUUUAUUGGUCAGAAAGCAGUUUAUGGAGUUGGUCUUUUAAAGUUUGACACAACCUCAUUACUAAGGGACCACGUCAAAACGUUAGAUGGAGAGGUAAAUCAAAGAUGCAUACGUUCACAUCUUCCCAUAAGUCUGCUCUCUCCUCAUAUCUUUGAUGUUGGUGCAAAGGUUAUCUAUUGUGCAAGAAACCCAAAGGAUGUAAUAGUUUCAAACUACCACUUUUACCGGUUAUUCCAAGAAGAACAUUUUAACUCGUUUAAAGAUUAUUUUAGAAUGUUCAAAUCAAGUAAAUUGGCAUUCCUACCUUAUUUUGAACAUCUGAAAGAAGGCUGGGCGAGACGAAAUAACCCAAACUUUAUGUUUAUAUUUUACGAAGACCUAACGAGGAAUAAGCGAAAAUAUAUUAAAAAAAUAUCAGAUUUUCUUGAUAUCUACGUAAGUGAAGAAGCUCUAGAUGAGUUAGAAGAACACUUAGACAUUAACAAAUUUAAGACUAACAGCACCAUCAAUUUAGAUAGCGUACGAAAAAUGGGAUUUCUGAGCAAAAACGAAUCAUUCAUACGGAAAGGAGAGAUAGGACAAUGGAAAAAGUACUUUACGGGAGAUUUAGAGAGAGAAGUUGACGAGUGGAUUGAAGAAAAUUUGACUGGUACCGAUAUCGACUUUCCAGAUUACUAAAUAGUUAUUUCUUUUAAAAAUUAUAAACUUAGGAUUCUUGAUUACUUUUAUAUUUUUUGUAUUUUUUAAUAAACUCACGAUUGUUGUUUACUUUUUUAUUCUUUGUAUUUUUAAUACACAAUAAUAAUUAUAAAUGUGUAAUUGCUUAUGUUAAAAUGAUUAAUAAAGUUUUAAAUAAUUAA